AUGGCAGCCCCAAAGAAACCAGUGGUGGGGCCGUUGGUGGGGUCGGUGGUCCAGGGCACCAGCUCCACUCGCUUUCUGGUUUUCAAUUCAAAAACCUCGGAGCUCCUGAGCCAUCACCAGGUGGAGCUGACGCAAGAGUUCCCCCGGGAAGGGUGGGUGGAGCAAGACCCGAAGGAGAUCCUGCAGUCUGUCUACGAAUGCAUGGCCAGGACGUGCGAGAAGCUCCGCGACCUGAACGUCGACACGUCCAGCAUCAAGGCCGUGGGCGUCAGCAACCAGCGAGAGACCACCGUCAUCUGGGACAGGCUGACAGGGGAGCCCCUGUACAAUGCCGUGGUGUGGCUGGACCUGAGGACCCAGGCCACCGUGGAGGCCCUGAGCAAGAAGAUCCCAGGGAACAACAACUUCGUCAAGUCCAAGACAGGCCUCCCGCUCAGCACCUACUUCAGCGCAGUGAAGCUGCGCUGGAUGCUGGACAAUGUGGUACACGUGCAGAAGGCGGUUGAGGAGGGUCGGGCCCUCUUCGGCACUGUGGACUCCUGGCUGAUCUGGAGCAUGACAGGGGGCGUCAACGGGGGCGUGCACUGCACUGAUGUCACCAACGCCAGCAGGACCAUGCUCUUCAACAUCCACUCCCUGGAAUGGGAUCAGGAGCUCUGCGACUUUUUUGAAGUUCCCAUGACCAUUCUCCCCAAUGUCUGGAGUUCUUCGGAGAUCUACGGCCUCAUAAGAGGCGGGGUCCUGGAAGGGGUACCCAUAUCUGGUUGUUUGGGGGACCAGUCGGCUGCAUUGGUAGGACAGAUGUGCUUACAGGAGGGACAGGCCAAAAAU